AUGGCCCUUGCACGCUUGUGCCAUGGGAAUGCUUGUGUCAAAAUGCUCCGGCCUGCUUGCGCCGGUUUGAAAGUGCACGGCCACGGGUCAUCUACGAUGGCAGAUUGCACGCCGCCACGGCCGGACAAUUGGCAGCUCAGGGCGCACGCCAUCAAUUCGGCAGUCCCGAUGGUGGCGUUUGGCUUCAUGGACAACACCGUGAUGCUCCACGCGGGCAACGCCAUCGACGCCACGCUGGGGGUCACCUUCGGCCUCUCCACCCUGGCGGCCGCCGCCUGCGGCCAGGUUUGCUCUGACAUGGCGGGCGUGACCUUCGGGGGCGUCAUCGAGGCGCUGGCCCUCAAGGUGGGCCUCCCCUCCGCCCACCUCUCUGAGGAUCAGCUGUCGACCGGCAUGGUCAAGCGGGUUGGGCUUCUGGGCAGCUUAGCGGGUGUGUUUACGGGCUGCUCGCUGGGGCUGCUGAAUCUCUUCAUCAUCGACACCGACCGGACCCGCGAGCUGAAGCUGGCGGCGGAGACGGAAGCCAGCGGGUUCAGCAUCUCCAUGAGCAACACCCAGCGCCCGGGCACCACCGCCAUCACGGUGGAGGGCCCCACCGAUGUCCCAGGCGUGGUCGCUUCGGUCACCAAUGCCAUGGCUUCGGCGGGGAUCAUUAUAAGGGAUAUGUCUGGACAUCGGGAUGCAGACUCCGUCACUGAAGGUCAUUUGUAUCUGACCUUCUACGUCACCAAGGGCGGGGAGGAGGUGGAGGACGAUGAGCUGGCGGAGCUGGGGAGGACCAUCAUGAUCGCAUGCAAUGACCCCCAGUUCCACCAGAAGAAGGAGAAGAGGCUUCUCGCAGAGAUGGAGGAUCUCCGGCAGCAGCUGGGCAAGACCAAGACCUCCCUCAAAGAGGCGCUCAAGGACAAGGAGCGGGCCGAGACUAUCAUGGAGAAGCAUUUCCUGCGGGUCGGCAAGAAGACCGAGCCGCCGCCGCUGCCGGAGGUCGGGUCCUGGGCCAAAAAGGCCCGGAAAGAGGAGGAGCCGGGGGGCCGGGGGCAGCCGUGUGGCUCGAUGGCGGGGGAGGGCAUCUUGCGGCUGCGGGAGCUGGUGGAUGUGGCGGAGGAACAGGGCCAGCUGCUGUGGUCCCUGUGCCUGGGACGUCACAUGGUCAGGAACGCCGCGGCGGUGCUGAACGGCUCGGCAAAGAGCCUGGUGCUCAGCGGCGCGGAGUGUCUGCGGAAGAGCUGUGAGGCGCAGCUCAAGGCCCAUGGCCCUGGCAGCUGGGUGGAGGCGCUGGCCUUCGAGGCCUCGCGGACGGAGCGCCUGGCGUGGCUCUUCGGCGCCCUGGGCCUGGACUGCCACCUGCGGCACCACCGCCGGGGCUUGGAAAGCGCGGAGAAGGCGGAGAUCGUGCGGGCCGUGGUCGGCGAGCUGGAGCGCGAGGCCAGCCAAGGGCGGCCCUGGUGCGAGGCCCUGGUGCGGGAGAUGGCCGGCGCGGUGCUGGAGCAGGUGCUCGAGCAGAACCUGGAGGGCGUUUGCCCGCACUGCGGCGGGCAGACGCUGGAGGGCCGUUGCCGGCAGUGUGGCGAGGUCUUCCCGGCGAUGGCUCCCGGGGCGAAGAAGGGCGCGCCGGAGCCCAGCACAGACGCCAAGCUGGGGGCGCUGCUGCGGAGCGGGUCCUGGCGGGAGAUCUUGGAGCGCCUGGUGUGGCUGCACCAGCAGCAGGUGUGCCGGCAGGGAUCCCUUCAUUUUCUUCGAUUUGAAUGGACACAUUUGCCAGCCCAAGCUGGGCGACCAAAUCUCCCUGACGCUGGCUGCCCUGCUGCCGCGGCUCAACACCAUGAGGAUGCAGGUCUUCACCCGCGCCAUCUGCGCCUUGUGGGCCCCAGAAGCCUCGCCCAGCCGCAGGCAGCUGCCUCUGGAGCUCCGCGCCUCCUUGAGCAGCUUUCUCGCGCGGGUGGUGCUCGCCGCGGAGGUCCGGGCCUUGCCCUUCGAGGAGGACCAGGUUCUGGACCUUCAGCUCUCGCCCUUCCUGUCGGAGCCAGAGCGCCACGCUCUCCUGGAGCUCGCUGUGCCCUUCAGCCGGGAGCGCGAGCGCGGUGGUCGCGAGCGAGAAGCCUCGCGCCCGCCCUCGCCGCGGCCCCGCUCGCCCCCGCGGCCCCGGUCCCCGCCCUCCCCCACCCGGGCGGGCAGCGCGGGGCCCGGGCAAUCGGCGCGGAGCCGAGGGCCCGCGCUGGAGGCACAGGCGGCGUGCCCCAACUGCGGCAACGGCUACAUGAGCGACGCCAACUUUUGCCGGCUUUGCGGGCAGAAGCGGGACUUGGCGUUGCUGCCCCGCGCCGCCCUCGGCCCCAUGGGCGGCGCCCCCGCCAUGAGCGGCGCCGCCGCCGUGGGCGGCGCCCCGGGCUACGCGGGGCGCGGCGCGCGCAGCUGCGGGCGCUGCGGCGCCCGGCGGCGCCCAUGGCGGAGCCCCGGGCGCAACCCAGGCCCCGGAGGCCCAAGGUCAACGACACCUACGGCUUCGGGUACUUGCCCGGGCAUCUUGAGGACUUCGAGGACCGGGAGGGCCUCUUGCUGCGGAACUGGCGCCCCUCCCCGCUGUCCUCCCAGAACUCCCCGGGGUCAUCGAGGCCUGAGAAGCCCAUCCACUGCUGGCACUGCGGGAGCCUUUUCCUGGCGGACUCCAUGUUCUGCCGCCACUGCGGGCUGAAGCGCUCCGAGCUUUUCUGCCCCACCUGUGGGGGCCCAGACGGGCCCAACUGCAAGCCCUGCCUGGAGCGGAUGGAGCGGAUGGAGCGCAUGGAGCGCAUGGAGCGCAUGGAGCGCAUGGAGCGGAUGGAGCGGAUGGAGCCUCCGGAGCGCAUGGAGCGCGGCGAGGGCCAGGGCUCGCGCCCGCUGAGCCCCUCGCUCUGGCGCGCUGCUGCGGCCUUCCAACACCUCGCCGAGGCGGCGGCCAGGGAGCGCGAGCCGCGGGGAGCGCGGCGGCCGGCGGUGCCAAGCUGGACGACAGAGGAGCAGAGUGAGCCAGUGUACCCCUUCGACCGCAGCGGGCCGACAGAUGAGGAGGAGGAGGCGGCGGAUUGGCCCCGAUUCCGGGAGCAGACGAGGUCCAGCCCCCCCGCCCGGACCGGCUCCUUCUCGCGGGCCAAGCUGUCCAUGCCCGACAGCAUGGAGAUCGCCAAGAUGCGGGAGGAGUUUCUGCAGCGGGAGCCGAGGCUCUUCCCCCGGAGAGUCCAGGCCCGGAGGGUGGAGCUGUACUUCCUGCUGGAGGAGCCCGCCAGCAGCUUUUGGGCCCGGUGGGUGUCCUUUUGCAUGUUUGCUUGCAUCCUCUUCUCCAUUGCGCUCUUCAUGUUGGAGACCAUGCCGGAGCUCAAGGAAGUCCCCGACGAGUUCUGGACCGUCUCCGAGUGCUUCUUCACCGUGGUCUUUCUCCUGGAGUACAUCUUCCGGCUUCUUGUAUGCGACGUCGCUGGCAUUACGCUGUGGACGUUCAUCAGGACGCCGAUGAACGUGGUGGACGUGGUCGCGGUGUUGCCCUUCUUCCUCUUUCUCGCCUUGCAAAGCGUGGGGCGCGCCAUAGGCUUCAUCCGUGCAGUGCGCCUGGUCCGGCUAUUCCGGAUCUUCAAGCUGGGCCGGCACUCCAAGGGAUUGAAGAUGAUGAUGGUCGCGCUGAGCAACAGCGGGCAAGCAUUGAGUGUCCUGGUCUUCUUCCUGGGCAUCGGCUGCGUGCUCUUUUCCAGCCUCCUGUACCACGUGGAGAAAAUCUCCUGCCCUGAUCGGCAGUCUUUCAACAGCACGACCCUGGAGAUCUACUUGUCGGAGUGCAGCACCAAGCUCCAGCGCACCAGCCAGUUCGGGCUCUGCUGCACCGAGUCCGGGGCCUCCAUGGAGUUCCCCUCCAUCUCGUCGGCAUUCUGGUGGUCUGCGGUGACCAUGGCUACGACGGGCUACGGGGACUCCCGGCCGCACACCGAAGCGGGCAAGCUCGCAGGCAGCGUCACCAUGUGCAGCGGCAUCCUGCUCUUCGCGCUGCCCAUCGCGCUCAUCGGCGCGCGCUUCCAGGAGGCCUACAACAUGGCCGUGUCCAGGGGCAGUCCAUCGCAGCAGGUUCGCAAGAGGACGAAGGACCGCGAGGACCCGCCCUCCAAAGUCAUGAGCACCCGGCUGCGCCUCUUGAGGUUUUCCAACUCUUCCAUGACGCGGCUGACCAAAGAACUGGCCAAGGAGCUGGAAGAGGCGAGCACCAUGCAGGAGGACAUCCGCAUGUUUGAGAAGGCAGAGCGGGAGUCGCAGAAGAACGUGCUGAAGCAGGGCAUCGUCAUCGUGCAGAGCUUGCAGCGCUUCAGCGACAUCGCCUUGGAGAACCGGCGGUCCCGGGAGGCGCGGGAGGCCGAGGACGCGCGGCGCGCGUCCAAGGGCUCCAUCAGCGAAGGCUCAGAGGUGCCCGUGGUGCCAGCGGUGAUUCUCCCGAAUCAGCCGGACCCGGUUCCGCCGCCACAGGGCCGGCCCAAGUGGCGCAACACGGUGUCCUUCUCAGAGCCCGACGCAUCCUGCGAGGAUUUCUGA